AUGCCGCCAGUGGAGCGACCAGGACGACCGGCUCUACGACUCAUAAUUCCGACGUAUAACCGUCCCCAGUUUCCUUCAAGGGAUCCCUCCGCCGGGUUAUUUGAGGUCGACGGGAUCCACUCUCGCCGCAUCCGGCAACCUCGACCCGAAGAUGACGGUCCGCGCGCUCCUCCAAGCAUAUCUUCUUUCGUCUUUGCCAAUGAAUUGCUCCCCCCUCAACCCCAGCAUAUCGACAUGGACAUAUCUAUCCGCCUGGGUCGGCCGCGAGAUCUUCCUCAUCUGAAGAAGGUCCAAAUUGCCUCUACCCUGAACUUGAGGACCUCCGUGAGAUUGAGAACAUGGCUGCCUUUGCGCGCCAGGUAUACGACAUAUACGGGAGAGCUCUUGAAUCAUUGCCUUAUAAAAGGGAUGCUAUGGGUUGCCGUCGCCGAGCUCGCAACGGGAGAAAACUGGAUCGUUGGUUUUGCAAUUGGCAUCCUGAAGGACGACUGGAACCAAGAAGAGCGUCGUGACGACGUUGUUUACAUUGCGAUUCAUGUCCAUGCUUCUGUGCGUCGAAUGGGCGUCGGAAGCCAGCUUCUGAAACAGACUGAGCAACACUUGUGGGAGAGAGGCUUCGAUUAUCUGGUCGCAUCGGCUUUCAGGGAAGAACCAUGGAAGGAGCCGGAGGAGACGUUUUUGAAAAAGAAUGACUUCCAACGAGCAAAUUUGUUGGGAUUCCAACGAAGGUGCCCGUGUCCACACAUUAUGGAUAAAAUCCAUAUUCUGAACAGCGAGUUGAGCGAGAUACAGCCGGGUAUGGAAAGGGCUUUGUGGAUCAAAUCCUUGCCUCCCAGGCUUGGCUCGAAGCGCUAUGGUGACAGCACUCCCCCAUCCGAUGAGAGCACGCCCGAGUCCUACGAGUGGCCUUCACUCCGGAGGCUCCUGCUAGAAGAUGACUACGUCGAUGAUUGAAAGCUGGCAAGGAACAGAAAUUGAUCAUGGAGAGCACAAGGAGCUCGCCAUGUUUAUGUUCUCAAUUAGCGUUGGAUUGAUAUUGAUUUCAGAAUAGCGUACUACCUGGGGUAUAACAGCCUCACAAAAUAGCACAAAACCAGCAACAGCUAUCUACUACAUAUCCAUCUGCGGCGGCGUAGUUCAAAGGAAUACAACACAAAUUCUAAA